GUCUUUCCUUAACCAGUAUUUCAGUGUGAAGGUUUCUGCUUUGACUUGAUGUCAACGGUUUAUGGGCUGGUUCCAAAACACUCAAAGGUACCAAAACACUCCAAGCAACCUCUGAACAAUUCAAGUGAGUGGUGUGUGUUUAUUGGAUAUGUUGGAGUCUACAGAGAAUCUUCAUGGAUUCUAAUGCUGACAUCAGUGCAAGAAGAGUGUCAGGAAUGGAUUGGCUCUGGAUGGUCUGCUUCUUUCAUCUAGUCACUUCGCUAGAAGAAAUACUUCUGGAUACAACUGGAGAAACCUCAGAGAUUGGCUGGACUUCUCACCCUCCUGAUGGGUGGGAAGAAGUAAGUGUCCGGGAUGAUAAGGAGCGCCAGAUCCGAACCUUUCAAGUUUGUAACAUGGAUGAACCAGGUCAAAAUAACUGGUUGCGUACUCACUUCAUAGAGCGACGUGGUGCCCACCGAGUCCAUGUCCGCCUACAUUUCUCAGUGAGAGACUGUGCCAGCAUGCGUACUGUGGCCUCUACUUGCAAAGAGACUUUCACACUCUACUACCACCAGUCAAAUGUCGACAUAGCCUCUCAGGAACUGCCAGAGUGGCAUGAAGGCCCCUGGACCAAAGUGGAUACUAUUGCAGCUGAUGAAAGCUUUUCCCAGGUGGACAGAACUGGGAAGGUGGUAAGGAUGAACGUUAAAGUACGUAGCUUUGGACCACUCACAAAGCAUGGCUUCUACCUGGCCUUCCAGGACUCAGGAGCCUGUAUGUCCCUUGUGGCAGUCCAAGUCUUUUUCUACAAGUGUCCGGCUGUGGUGAAAGGAUUUGCCUCCUUCCCUGAAACUUUUGCUGGAGGAGAAAAGACCUCACUGGUGGAGUCACCAGGGACGUGUGUAGCAAAUGCUGAAGAAGCAAGCACAACUGGGUCUUCAGGUGUUCGGUUGCACUGCAAUGGAGAAGGAGAGUGGAUGGUGGCCACUGGACGAUGCUCUUGCAAGGCUGGUUACCAAUCUGUUGACAAUGAACAAGCUUGUCAAGCCUGUCCCAUUGGUUUCUUUAAAGCAUCCGUGGGAGAUGACCCUUGCCUUCUCUGCCCUGCCCACAGCCACGCUCCACUGCCAGGUUCCAUUGAAUGUGUGUGUCAGAAUCACUACUACCGAUCUGCUUCUGACAAUUCUGAUGCUCCCUGCACUGGCAUUCCCUCUGCUCCCCGUGACCUCAGCUACGAAAUUGUUGGAUCCAGCGUGCUCCUGACCUGGCGCCUCCCCAAGGACUUGGGUGGCCGCAAGGAUGUUUUCUUCAAUGUCAUCUGCAAAGAAUGCCCAACAAGGUCAGCAGGGACAUGUAUGCGCUGUGGGGACAAUGUACAAUUUGAACCACGCCAAGUGGGCCUGACAGAAAGUCGUGUUCAAGUCUCCAACCUAUUGGCCCGUGUGCAGUACACUUUUGAGAUCCAGGCUGUCAAUUUGGUGACUGAGUUGAGUUCAGAAGCACCCCAGUAUGCUACCAUCAACGUUAGCACCAGCCAGUCAGUGCCCUCCUCAAUCCCUAUGAUACAUCAGGUGAGUCGUGCUACCAGUAGCAUCACACUGUCUUGGCCUCAACCAGACCAGCCCAAUGGGGUUAUCCUGGAUUACCAGCUACGGUACUUUGACAAGGCAGAAGAUGAAGAUAAUUCAUUUACUUUGACUAGUGAAACUAACAUGGCCACUAUAUUAAAUCUGAGUCCAGGCAAGAUCUAUGUCUUCCAAGUACGAGCUAGAACAGCAGUAGGUUAUGGUCCAUACAGUGGAAAGAUGUAUUUCCAGACUUUAAUGGGAGGAGAGCACUCGGAGACGGCACAGGAUCGACUGCCACUUAUUGUGGGCUCAGCACUUGGUGGUCUAGCCUUUUUGGUAAUUGCUGCCAUUGCCAUUCUUGCCAUCAUCUUUAAGAGGUGAAUUCUUUGACUUGCUUAUGUCCCAGUACCUGCACCAUCAACAGUGAAACUUUCUUACCCCUGCUACAUAACACAAUCCCCAGAACAGCUGCCUGAUCUACAGUUAGCUGUAGCCAGUUUGCUGAAGGAUAAAAGCUGUACAUCCCAGAUCAUUCCACGGAAUACAGAUUCAUAAAACAUAGGGUAAAGAAAGCAAAUACCACUUUCAAUUUUGGAAAGGAAAAAAAUGUUAACUCAAUGUAGAGAUAGUCUGAUAUGGUAAAAGACCAGGACAGGAAUCUUAAAAAGGAAGAAAAGUGAGGGUUGCUGGAAGAGCUGUGUAGAGGUAUAAAAGUAAACAGUGUAGGAGGGCUAAAGAAAAAAACAGUCAUCACCUGCUCCUUCAAUGUAAACAUUUAAACUUAAUUCCCUAGACUGUCAGUAAUUAAUUCGUGGAUCUUUUCUCCACUCUGCCACUGCACAAAAUGAACUUUUUAACUUACUUUGUUGAACUAUAGAACUAUGUAAAUAAUUUAUCUUUAGAAAGUGACA